CCACCGUCGCUUGUUGCUGAACCAGACGGAGAAUCUGCGCACUACUAUGGAAGAUACCGAGCCAUGCAACUGUCCUGAAGCCUACUACCCUGACCUCCUGCUACUCAACAGGCCCUAUUACAGCCCCACAAGCCAUGAUUACUUGCAGCUGGCUUCUCAUCAGACCUGGCUUCGUUCCUACCACGCAUCUUCCCAUCUGGACCUGUGUCAACUUUUCGUUCCUUUUCCCCGGGAGAGCGCCCUGCCUCAUCGGGUGAUGCUGUGCGGCCCUGCCGGUAUCGGCAAGACUGUCAUUGUCCAGAAGAUCCUCCAUUAUUGGGCGCUAGGCAGAGCCUUCCAAGGCUUUCUUUGCGUCCUGGAUUUUUCCCUCCAGGAGCUCAGCCUCGUCACCGGAACCCAGAGUUUGGAAGAGUUGAUUUGCCAUAAGUUCCCGCAUCUGAGCAAAGUUCUUUUCGCUUUGCUGGAGCGACCGAAGGAGAUCCUCCUGAUUUUGGAUGGACUGGAUGAGUUCAGGCACCCCCUGGGCAGCAAACAUCCCUGCCUGUGGCCGGAUGAGGCAGGCCACGUGAAAGAUCUGGUGUGCGGUCUCCUCAAUGGGACCUUACUUCCAGAGGCCACCAUUCUGGUCACAUCCAAGUCUUCUGUCUCUCUUCGGCCAGAACUUUUUAACCGCCAUGUUCUUAUCCUCGGUUUACAAGAGGCACAAGUGAAGGACUACAUCUCCCAAUUCUUCCAGACCUCCGGACAUGGCACGGAAGUCAUGAGCUACCUCUCAACUCAGCAUGGCUUAACCAAUCUCACCUUCAUUCCGCUCUACUGCUUCAUUCUCUGUACGGCUCUGGACGGAUACUUCUCCGAAGAAGGGUUCAAUCGAGCCUCCCCACCCAGCACCGUCACGGAGCUCUAUCUGCUUUAUGUGCGCACCGUCCUGAAGUUACACCAGCCUCCUUCUGGACAAGGAGAAGCAAUGCCACAGGAUCUGAGGAGGGAGAAAGAUUUGCUACUGCAGCUUGGUCACCUGGCCUACAUUGGCCUGCUAAAGGGACAGACCAUGUUCUAUGCAGAUGAACUGCAGGAGUUGGGUUUUGAUCCACGGGACCUGCCACCUGUUUAUCUCAGUCAGAUCUUCUUCAAGGAGAGCAGUGAAAUCUACAGUUUUUUCCACUUGACGGUACAGGAGUUUUUGGCCGCUUUAUACUCAGUGGUUAACUUGGACUUCAAUGCUGGGGAAUUAACUGACUGCCUGGAUCUCUGGUGGAAUGGAAAAACUCCAGAAGAUCGAGAUGCCGCUGGCUUUCUCUCCCCAGCAGAGGGAUCCGCUGGUGGAUUUUACGACUAUACCCGGCAAUCUCUGAACAGAUCCCCACAGUGGGACAAACUGCAAAUGUUUUCCAGGUUUUUCAUGGGGUUGUUAACCUCUAGACUGGAAGGCAAGUUGGAAGGGCUGCUUGGGAGCAGUCGGGAAAGAGACCCAGCCAUGCUUUUGGCGGGCUGGUUCAGGAAAAAGGCUUUGUGUGAAUCAGGUCAGAGGUUGCUGCCCUUGUUACACUGCUUAGCGGAGUUGCACCAGGAUGACGUGACUUGGGAGGUCAUUUCCCAGAUGGGCGAGGUAGACCUGUCCAAGGUGACACUGAACCCAGCGGAUUGCGCGGCCCUGGCGUACGCCCUGAGUUGUUCAAAGUCUCAGGUUCUCCAGAAUCUCAACUUAAGUUACAGCAAUAUGGGCACUGGAGGACUGAAGCAGCUUCAGGGCCAUCUCCAUCGCUGCAAAACUUUGCA